AGUGAGGACAAAAUCAAACAAUACGAUUAGAAAUUCAAAUCAGCCUUGGCCUUUGAACCAAUAUUGACAAUUAUGAUCGAAGAAGUCUUUCAGAAAUUAGUUAUUGAUGGAUUAUAUUUACCAAUUUCAGAAGAUCCGUGAUCGCGUGAACACGUAGGUGGGCAUCCUGUAGAAAGCGUAGCUGUCAUUCAUUAAAAUGGGCGAUAAAGUAAAGCGUUUCUUGAUCGAGCAGAAAUCUAAAUGCGAGCAGCUUCUUAAGGAAGAAACGAAUAUUACUGUCAACGAGGGCAAUGGAACGGAUGUUCGUCAAUGCCCGGCGACCUUCGAUGAUCUGCUCUGCUGGUCGCGGACCAACGCACCGAGUACAGCAACCUUGCCCUGUCCACCUGCCUCGAUUAUGGGAUACACCGAUCUGGCGAAUGAGAACCUGAGAGCAUUGGCGGUUGCCAGCAAGGUCUGUCUGGCGAACGGUGAGUGGUACCAGAACUCGGACGGCGUAUUCUGGAGCAAUUAUAGUCUUUGCGUGCUGAAUAGAACGCGUUACAUGAUCAAUGGUGCUGAGAAGCUGAAUUAUUCGGGAUGGGAUCAUGAAACGGCGGAGUAUUCACUUCUGAAUAAAUGGUUGCCGAUUAUCAGGAUAGUAUCGCAAAUUGGAUACAGUACUUCGUUUAUUACUUUAAUCGUAGCUAUGGUAAUCUUUUCCUUACUUAGGAAACUCAGGAAUCCCAGAAAUAGAUUACACAUGCAUUUGUUUGUAUCUUUUAUCAUGAGAGCUUUUAUGGCACUUCUAAAGGAUUGGAUUUUUAUUGAUGGGAUUGGAAUGGCUUGGAACGUUGUUUUUGUCGACGGAAACAAUGCUUUUAUCAACGAACACAGUAUGGGGAUUUGUAAGGCUAUCACAAGUCUGUGGCAAUAUUUUAUCGUAGCAAAUUACUCAUGGAUCUUAAUGGAAGGAUUGUAUCUACAUAAUCUAGUUUUCAAGGCAUUAUGUGCUGACACUAAUACAAUAGCUCUAUAUAUUCUGUUAGGCUGGGGUCUUCCCAUUUUGGUAGUAGUACCAUGGAUUAUAAUACGCGCAACUAUCGAAGAUACUCUCUGCUGGACCACGCAUAAAAAUCCUUUAUUAUUCCUUAUCAUAAGAAUACCAAUUAUCAUAUCAAUUUUGUUCAAUUUUCUGUUGUUCCUCAACAUCGUGCGUGUCUUGCUUGUGAAACUGAAGACAUCAGUGCAUUUACAACGGAAAAAAAUGAAAUACAAAAGAUGGGCAAAAUCAACUAUGAUUCUGGUACCACUCUUCGGAAUACACUAUUCUUUCUUUUUGGGAUUAUCUUAUCAUAAAGAUUACCGAGUCGAACUGAUCUGGCUCUUUUGCGAUCAGCUAUUUGCAUCCUUUCAGGGUGCUCUCGUGGCUUUAUUGUAUUGUCUGUUAAAUGGCGAAGUCAGAGCGGAAAUGCGACGAGCAUGGAGAGCUCGACGAUCAAAAAAAGAAGUCGAUUCUUUCAUAUCUGGGCACCGAGAAUUAUCGAGAAAUUUGAAGGACAGAAUCAAUCGAAAGCAGCAUCGAUCGACAAUGAUAACACUAAUUUAGCGAUUAUAGUCAUAAAAAAAGUUGUCGAUGAAACAUAUUAAGUUGAUUUGAUCAACUGUC